CGCGCUUUCCCGACAUCGCCCCCGGGAGCGCGGGAACCCGGACUUUCCUUCCUCCCCGCGGGGGCGAGAGGCGUGGCGACUUCAUAGCCGAGCCCAGAAAGAGGGAAGUGGCGUCCACGGAAGCCGGAGCUGGGUGGAGUGACCUUGGGGAGAAGAUCCACUCAUUGGUUUUGUACCAAGCCUGACAAGGCCUCAGUUGUCAAAGGUGGCACCAGGAGGAUGUCACACAUAGGAGUAAAACUAUUCCUAGAGCAAAUGAUGAUGAGACAUCUGAAGGUGAAUGCAUGCUUGUACCCACACGUGGAGGCUUUGUGGGAGACUAAGGGGUCUGUGAAAGAGAGCUCCAGUCAGAGUAAGAAAUCCAGCCCACAGAUGGACAGUCUUGGUCCUGAGAGCGCUCGCCAGCACUUCCGGAGCUUCUAUUAUCAUGAAGCACCUGGACCGCUUGAGGCUGUCAGCCAACUGCAGGAAUUAUGCCAUCAGUGGCUGAGGCCAGAGAUCCACUCAAAAGAGCAGAUCUUGGAAUUGCUGGUGCUAGAGCAGUUCCUGACCAUUCUGCCCAGGGAUAUCCAGAACUGGGUGCAGAAGUAUCAUCCACAGAGCAUCAGAGAGGCUGUGGCCCUGGUAGACCGUUUUCAGAAAGAACAUGGUGGAAUAAGUAAUGAGAGUCUGUUGACAUUUGAAGAUGUGGCCUUGUUUUUUACCGAGGAAGAAUGGCAAUUACUGGACCCUGCUCAGAAGAUCCUCUACCAUAAUGUAAUGCAGGAAAACUAUGAGACUGUCAUCUCUCUAGGGUUAAAGCUCAAAAAUGACACUGGAAAUGACCAACCUAUGUCUCUUUCUACAUUAGAAAUACAAGCAUCAGGAUGCAAAGUAUUAAGAAAGGCCAGAAUGAAAGUUGCCCAGAAAACAACGGGCAGAGAAAAUCAUGGUGGUACACACAGGGUACGGAAACGGCAUCGAGCUUUUCCAGGGAAGAAAAGAAAGAAACUUACAACUUGCAGACAAGAGCUUCCAAAACGUAUGGAUCUUCAUGGGAAAGGCCAUGCAGGAGAGAAACCUUUUAAAUGUCAGGAAUGUGGGAAAAGCUUCAGGGUUAGCUCUGACCUAAUUAAGCACCAGAGAAUUCACACUGAAGAGAAACCCUAUAAAUGUCAACAAUGUGAUAAGAGGUUUAGGUGGAGUUCAGAUCUUAAUAAGCACUUACUGGCACACCAAGGAAUAAAACCAUAUAGAUGCUCAUGGUGUGGGAAAAGCUUCAGUCAUAACACAAAUCUACACACCCACCUAAGAAUUCACACAGGAGAAAAACCCUUUAAAUGUUAUGAAUGUGGGAAAAGAUUCAUUCAGAACUCCCACCUUAUUAAACACCAGAGAACCCACACAGGUGAGCAGCCUUAUACUUGUAGCAUAUGCAGGAGAAAUUUUAGCAGGCGGUCAAGCCUUCUUAGACACCAGAAACUCCACAGGAGAAGGGAAUCGUGUCCAGUGUCUCCAGUCUGAAGAAAGCCAGCAGCUAGAGCUUGACCCUAGAGGUGAUAAAAGAAUACAAAAUGAUGAGGCACCCAGUGAUAGGAAUCUAUCAUCAACAAAAUUUGGGAGGGGCACAUGUUAUGUUUCAUAAAAAGGAAUCUAAACUCUCUUUUAUUCAGCAUUGUAUCCUCAGUGCCUCCUAGCACAAGACUGAUCCAUAAUGACUUCUUUAUAAAUAAAAGAGUGAAAUAGUUCUCAUAUAUCUAAAGUUACCUAUCUAUUUCUAACUAUCUGUAUCUGUCUGGUUACUCAGCUUCCCCACCCCCCGUGAUCUAAAUUCUUCAGGUAUCAGGUGCUCAGCAAAUAUGUGAUGGCCAUGAGUCCUACUCCCAUUCUUUCUCAGGAGAGACGGAAAAUAAGAGUAUUCAGGUCCUCUGAAGGGAGCUCAGAGAGAAUUACUAAGUUUGAGGCAGUUUCUGUUGCUACCAUUCUGGCUACACGAACAACCAAACCAGGGUUCAGGGAACUUCAUUCUGGAAUAGGAAGAGAGGGUUCAGUGUUUGCCCUGGGAGAAGUACCCCCAUUCUAGUUGCCUCUCUCCUGAGCAGCCACUACUGCUGCAGUGUUUUCUGUCAAAGGAAUUCCAAGCAGCACGCAGAGGCCUGAAUGCCAGCACAGACCUAGGGACCCUGGAAGCACUUGAUAUCUUUCUUCCUGCUGGUCCUCUCAACACUGAGGUAUUCAGAAUGAAAUGAUGAAGGAGGUAAUCGGGGCCCUCAUCCAGGUAUCUGUAGAAGGCAGAGGGCAGUGGUGAAUGGCCUUUUUUUGACUUUCACUAUGUGGACUGGAAGGCUUUCAAGUUGAUGCCACCCUGCUCCAGGACCUAACAGGAGGCCCAUUUUUAUGGCUGUUCAGCCACAGCCCCAUAUACAUGGAUGCUUUGCAGGAAGGUCUGGAGAUUUUGCAAACUGAUUUACUAGAGUGGUAAGGAGAGCCAUGUGGCCUCAUGGCCUCGUAGCCUCGGUGAACAUUGGAUGUGAGGAGGGAGUGUCCAGUCAGAGCAGGGUGAGGCCUGUGACUUAGAGUGAUGGCUCAGUGAGAGCCAGGUCAGACAGAAACUGGUUUGUUCAUGGUGGUUCCUUUUCCUUCCCCAUUGGCCUGAGGUUGCGCAGUUGGCCCUCUAUAUCCACAGGUUCCACGUGCACAGAUUCAACCAACCGCGGAUCAAAAAAAUUCCAGAGCUUAGGAAAGGUAAAACAUGAAUUUGCUGCAUGCUGGCAACUGUUUACAUAGCAUUUACAUUGUACUAGGUAUUGUAAGUAAUCUAGAGGUGAUUUAAAGUAUAUGGGAAGAUGUGUGUAGGUUAUAUGUAAAUACUGCACCAUUUUACAUAAGGGACUUAAGCAUCCUCAGAUUUUGGUAGCUGCAGGGGGUCCUAGAACCAAUCCCCUGCAGGAGAGACAACUGUAUCUCCUGAGAAGACGAUGUGAUGUCAAGGGAAGGGCAGGGAAGUUGGAAGACAUGGGUUUAUACCUGUGUCAGAUCCUAGUUCAGGAUGUUGGUCAAGCCUUCUAUAUACUUAUUAUUUCAUAAAAUUUUACUUUUUAAAUGAAAACAGCAUUUUGUUUCACAUGAGAUUUAAACAUCAGACAAAAUUCCAUUGUUUCCAUAUUACCCAGAGAUGACCAGCGUUCACUUUUUUAGAAUAGGUGUCUUCAUAUAAUUUUUCUCUUUUUUUCUUCUUUUUUUUUUUU